AUGAUGGACCAGCGGUGGCGCCCGACGGUGAACGAGCGGGAGUUCAUCGAGCAGGCGCUCCAGUCGGACCUCCGCGUCGACGGCCGCCGCCCCUUCGACUUCCGCAAGCUCACAGUCGCUGUUGGAAUCUGCAGGGAGGAUGGCUCGGCGGAGGUGCUGCUCGGCGAGACGUGCGUGAUGGGCUAUGUGACCGCCCAAUUGGUCCCGCCGUACAAGGACAGGCCGAACGAGGGCACGCUCGCCAUAUUCACCGAGUUCUCUCCCAUGGCUGACCCUGCCUUUGAGCCAGGACGACCCGGGGAAGCGGCGAUUGAGCUCGGCCGUGUCAUUGACCGUGGCCUAAGGGAGAGCAGAGCCGUUGAUAUGGAAUCCUUGUGUGUUGUUGCCGGGAAGCAUGUCUGGUCGGUGCGCGUUGACCUUCACAUUCUGGACAAUGGGGGGAAUCUCAUCGAUGCAGCUAACAUCGCUGCAUUGGCAGCUUUGUCUACAUUCCGGAGACCUGAAUGCACGGUUGGUGGGGAUGAUGGUCAGCAAGUCACAGUACAUGACCCUGAGGUCAUGGAUCCACUUCCCCUAACAAUUCAUCAUCUCCCCAUAGCUGUAACCUUUGCAUAUUUUGGUGACGGUAAUAUCAUGGUUAUCGAUCCAACAUACAAGGAAGAAGCUGUUAUGGGAGGAAGGAUGACAGCUACGAUUAAUUCAAAUGGUGAUGUCUGUGCCAUUCAGAAAGCUGGUGGAGAGGGUGUCAUGUCAAGUGUUAUCAUGCAGUGUUUAAGGAUUGCUUCGGUUAAAGCUGCUGAUAUAACAAGCAAAAUAAAGACCAAGGUUGAUAAGUACACUACUGAUAAGGCAUUGCAGAAAGUAAAGCGUACUCCAGCAUUAGUUGCUAAAGAAGUUGACGUUCCUGAUGUCACUAUGAAGGAGAGCACACAUACUGCAUUGGAAAACCAAACCUCGAAGGCGCCCAAUGAUGGUCAGCAGAUAAGUGAAGGUGAUGACGAUCAUCAAGAUACAAAAAUGAUUUCACCCUUGACUGUGGACCGAACUGUUAAACACAAACAAACGUCCACGUUUGUUGGUGGCCCAUCAAAUUGGGAUCCAUACUCCAAAGGAGUUCCAUUAAGCUCCCUCAGAAUCUCUCAGUUGCCUGAUUCACCAGCUGUAGCAAAUGACGAAAAGCAUGAAGCUGCCGAACCAAUGUUGACUGAAUCUAAUCCGGAGGUGAAAAGCGUGUCAAAUUCUGGAAGUGCUGGAGUGUCGGAUGAGGUCAAGGAAAGCCGAUCACCGGAGAGUCUAAUAGAUGCUGUCAAACCAAAACAUAAAAGGAAGAAGAAACAACAUGGAAAGAGUUAG